AGCAAUCUCCCAACUCAUAUCUGGGAUUUAUUUUUUUCCUUCUUUCCUUUGAUGAACGUCGAUUCAGUGGAAUUUUAUUGGACGUGUAUGAGGUCGACUAGAAGUUAUUUUAUCGGUUGAGCAAUUUGCGUUUAUUCGCCAGUCGUUAUUGGCUGUCGAGUUUUGACGCGCAAGAGCGCGGCCGCGGGAUUCCUAACCUCUGAAUCGGCGGUUUGUUUUGAUAUUUGCUGGGUCAGCUUGUCGCUGGAGCUCCGCGAUAGUCUACUAUCGUCAUUAUCGUGGCUGUCCGCGGGUGAAUAAUAACACUCGAUGUAAAAGAAUACUUCCACGAGUAUUUGAUUGAUCUGCAGUCCAUCCACUGGAACAGAAGCAUUUUUAAGUGUUAAGCUCGAAGGAUGCGUCAGAAAAUGCGCCUUGCUUUGGCUCUUGUGAGCGUAGCACUGCUUGUCGAUUUUGGAGCCUCGUGGCGUACUUUUACGAAGGGCAGAGCGAGGGGUGGAAAUGUGGGAGCUCCUAAAUUGUCGAAACAUUACGAUCUUCCUCCCGAUCAGUGGAUCGAGCAGAACCUGGAUCACUUUAAUCCUACCGAGACGCGUACAUGGUUACAGAGGUAUUUUGUGAACACGGAGUACUACAAGCAGGGUGGUCCAAUUUUUUUAAUGAUAAGUGGAGAAAGCACUGCGCGGGCGGAAUGGAUGGCCGAGGGAGAGUGGAUCGAGUAUGCCAAGCAAUUUGGAGCGAUGUGCUUCCAGGUUGAACAUCGUUUCUAUGGGAAGAGUCACCCUACUUCAGACCUGAGCGUAAAAAACUUAAUGUUUCUGAGCUCGGAGCAAGCUCUUGCCGAUUUGGCAUAUUUCAUCAAGGGGAUGAACAAGUUGCAUAAUAUUCCUGAAAAUACCAAGUGGAUAGCGUUCGGAGGUUCUUACGCAGGAUCCCUGGCUGCAUGGUUGCGUUCCAAGUAUCCUCAUCUGGUGCAUGGGGCCGUGUCUAGCAGUGGGCCUCUUCUAGCUGAGAUCGACUUCCAACAGUACUUCGUCAUUGUUGAGGAAUCGCUGAAGAAACAUUCGCAGGCCUGUGUCGACAUGAUCGAAACAGCGAUCCACCAGAUCGACGUCAUGAUGCACCAUCGGGUUGGACAGGCUGGGCUGACUGAGAAGUUCAACUUGUGCGACCCGCUCGAUCCGGCGCAUACUAAGCCCAAAGACGUCGCCAAUUUCUACGAAACACUGGCCGGCAAUUUCGCGGAGGUAGUGCAGUACAACAAGGACAAUCGCAAUUCCACGAAGAAAUUAAAUCACACCAUCGACGACGUUUGCAAUCAUCUGGUGGACGAGAGAAACGGCAUCCCGAUAGACAGGCUCGCAGCGAUGAGCAAUUCGAUGCUGAAGGCGAGCGACGAGAAGUGCCUGAAUUACAGAUACGCCAAGAUGCUGGACGAGUUAAGGAACGUCUCCUGGGCCGACGAGGCAGCAGCAGGCGGUCGGCAGUGGACCUAUCAGACGUGUACCGAAUUCGGUUUCUUCCAAACCUCGAGCGCUAGGCCUAAACUGUUCAGCAACAACUUCCCAGUGAACUUCUUCGUCCAGCAGUGCACCGACAUCUUUGGACCCAGGUACAACGUUCACCUGUUGAGCUCUUCCGUGGUACGAACCAACACUCUAUACGGUGCCCUGGACCUGGAGGUGACAAACGUGGUCUUCGUCCACGGCUCCGUCGACCCUUGGCACGCUCUAGGUCUGACGGAUUCCAAAAGUCCAUCGGCUCCUUCCAUUUACAUAGACGGUACGGCACACUGCGCCAACAUGUAUCCUCCAUCCCCUGACGACCUGCCGCAGCUGAAGCAGGCGAGACAGCAGGUCGGCCACCUGAUCGGCACCUGGUUGCAGAGCUAACGAGCUCGACAACCGAGCUUAUCAACACUGCGACUCCCGGCUUGCAUUUAUCACUUAUCUAGCCGUAACGAGAGCUGCACGAAUCCUGUUACUUUCAACUCAGCCAUGUAAACUCAAUACAUUUUAUAUCACGGCACCAGCCUUGAGAAUAAUUAAACCAGCAAUCGUGGUUACAUA